UGGCAGCACUGAUGUUGCUCUCCUUGAUGAUGAUGACGAUGAUGAUGAUGAUGAUGAUGAUGAUGAUGAUGAUGAUGAUGAUGAUGAUGCAGGUCGAGCGGCGCAAGCGACGUCUUGCCGAAAAUUUAUGAAUCAGAUCUUCUUAUCAGUUACACUGAAAGAAGUUUCCAAUUUGCGAGACCUUUUGGCGGAAAAAAAGAUCGGUAUACCUUUGGACAGACAAAUUCUACUCGCCUCUGGUGGCUUUUUGUUGGAAGCAGGUCAUAAAAUUUCCGACUAUGGAGCUGGUUUGAAUACAUGGAUUGUCAAGUCCGGGACGGACAGUCUAUCUCAGAAUCAGCGUCAUCGUCAACAGCUGCAAUAUCCGUGUACUCGUUGUACAGUGGUUGUAGCUGCCGCAGUUUCGUUCACCGAUGAUUUGGGGGAGGGGAACGGUGGUUUUCCUCAACGUCUGGAACGCCUGCUAUCUGCACAGCCAAGUUUGGGGGCACUGAACGACCGGCUUUGUCUGGUCGAUCCACUAGCCCCAAUCGCUCAGCAGACUUGCAUGGCCAUUGAACAACUGGUUUCUGAGCAACGUCAAAUGAUUCAGGGUUGGUGCGUUGCUUUGGCCAACCUGGCAGAAGUGACGGCGCGCGCUGAAAAAUGUCUUACGGUAGAUGCCGCUAGACUGUCAACUUUCGAGACCCGUGCCGGUGACUGGGAGGAGAAGUUAAACCUAGUGGCUGAUUUGAAACGAGAACUUUCUCAGGUACCGCUUCUUCCCCAGCUUAUUUACGUGCUGACGGACAGUUGGACCCAGGGUCAAAGAACCACUGGUACAGCUUCCCGAACUCCGUCUAACCUGUAUGAUUGGGUUUGUUUGCAAAUCACUCUAUCUGCGAGAACCAGUCGUAUUCCACAGACCCUCCAUUCUAAUGCGUUGCAAGUGACAAUGGGCUCUUCACCCCUCUCAACCGUAAGUCGACCGCGGGUAAUUCCGGGGGGUCGUCCAAGGAGAACGAGUGCAGGAAAUCUUGAGCACAGUUCUCUGGCCGGCCUCAUCCCUGGGUCACCAAAGAAUGAUCCAAAUGCGCUCCACCAAAUGCGCGGUUCUCAGCCGAGUCUGGGCAAUUUGUUCGCACCGUGUUCACCGUCACCAUCUUUGCAACAGCUGUCUGUCAACCAGGAUCCACAAUCCGACUCCAUAGAUGAACACGAUUUCCUUCUGGUCAUUGAAAGUGCAAAGCACGAUCUCAACAUCCUGCUCAAUGGUGACGAGAGUUCAUCUUACGCAGCCUAUAGAGCUUCCGGUGAUAUGCCUUAUACUCGUUACCUUACCACUCGUUACUCAGAACUCCUGUCUCUAGUCCCUUCGUGCACUGCCGUAUCUCCUACCGGCGUUGAUUCUCAUACCAGUGGCAACAGCAACGAAAAAGACGCUCGAUCUAGCCCACCAGAAUCCAGUCCGGUGGCUCGUGUCGAAUUUCUGGACCCCGAAACAGUGGCUUUGACUCGCGAAUCACUUAGUGGGACAGACUUCAGCCUCCUACUGGCGCGUUUGGAACCGGUGACUGAAGUAGCCAUUCAACUGUUCGAUCGAAUCCAAACGGUUCAGCGCAGCACAACUGCUUUCUACCAGCGAGCAAUGAAAACGAGAGAUAUGUCGGCCAUCACCGAACAGUUUCCAACUCACACAUCCCAGUUACAAGAGUUGCUCAACGCGUUUCGACAGCUGUGUCGCAUUCUGGCCGAGACAAUGGAAAGCAAGCUUGAUUUGGCGGAGAAUUUGCACAAGAGACAGUGCUGGCUUCAAAACUUCCAAUCCUACAUGCACCGAGUGGAUGCAAGCAUACAAAAGUGUCUGUCUCGUAUGGGACGUGUCGCCCGGACUACCACUUUGAUAUCCCAGCUGCAGAAGGCUCCUGAAGUUUACACAAGAUGUCUUGUUGAGGUGGUCCGUCAACACGAGUUCGAAACCAAUUAUGCCCAAAUCAUCCGGGAACAACGUAUCAGUCGGUCUGAGGAAGUGACGAGGAGAACAAAAUUUGCCAAACUACUGACGGACAAUAUUUUACAUUCGCUGUUCGCUCCUUGGACCUCUAGUCGUGGGGAUCGAUCUAAUCUGUCGAAAAAUAUUUACCACGGUAGUACACGCAACCUGAACACCCCAGACUCCACAGAGAACGACCCUACAACUGGUCGCCCUGACCUCCGCACACCUGGAAAAUCCGCACAUGAUUCACAACAAUGGACUCGUUCGCAGGCUCUCGGUUCACGAUCGGAACCGCGACUCAAUGAAAUGAUCGGUGCGUCUUCCCUGGUGCGCACUGGAUCCCGAGGCAGACCGAAAGAGACGUUACGAUCAAUGGCCCGAAAACUGGUGGAAGUGGAAGAAGAUGAAAAUGAACAUCGUUCUCCAGAAUCUCGUAUCUCCCUUGGGAAAACGCGUGUUUCAACUGAUGCAAUGGUCAAACCGCGUGAGCAGACCGGGAUGCAGCGAAAAGGUGAUAGUGGUUCUCGCCGUAUCUCCAUGCCGGCUGGUGAGCCUGAGCCAGCAUCGCCUGUGUGGACAUUGGGUGAGAAUGAGGAGGAGGUACCCGUGUUCAUGGACCAAGCGCAACAGUCAUUUUGUGUCACGCGUGACGACUUGGAGCACCUUUCUGCAGUACUACCAUCACACUUGGCGGAGAUUUUACAUCAGGAGCUGACGCGCGUCCUAAUGCCAGUGAAUCAAACUUUUCUCGGAUGUCAGUCCUCAUCCCACGAGUUGGCUAUCCAACCUCCCGUUGUACGUCACGUUGGACUGAGUCCAUUGGAACAGUCUGCUUCAAUAGACGCCGUCACUACGGAUUCGCACCACUCCGGUGAUCAAGAGGGAGCGAAUUGGGAAACAGUGGAUGCUGCGUGUCAAACUGACUUUCCCUCCCCAGUUCGCAGAUGGGAUGUUCAUAGUCAAAGUGCUAGCCUGCUGAUUCCUGGUUUUGGCUCCCCUCAGCGUCCACAUCUCACCGGUUGGGAUCCUUUACCCUCAAGUCUGUGUAGCUGGGAAUUCUGUCCUCCGAAUCCACCCAGUCGUUUGGGUCUGUUAAAGCGCUCUGCAUCCACCAACGGCUUACUUGAAUUCACCAGCACAACGGCGGUGAAACGCACGCAGACGGAAGAUUCUGCUACCAACACGGAUGAUCGUGUGCCGCCUCCGGAUAAUCCCGAAUCAGCUGAUGUUGAACCGGUGUUCCUGGAAUCACUGGUCUCACAUCCCGACGACAGCCCACAAGAAAAUCAACCACCAGAGACCGCACCAAGUCCUUGUUCGUUACCCGAGGAUUUCGCCUCACUUGUGCUGGAACCCAUACCUACGGAUGACCUGUACGUGGAUCCCGAGUUCGCGACACCCACAGCCCUGAUGUCCUCUAGUUUCCACUCCACCCAAACCAACUUCUCCAAUGCAGAAGAGUCGACGGAGCCUCCACGAGACCAGCUUGACAAAUGUCUGGAUGAGCUUGGCGCCACACCCACGCAGGCCGUUGGAACCGUUGUCGAAACGCCAUCGUUCCCAUCAGACAGCGGAGGGUGGUCGACACCGGCAUCACUUGUAAAUCCUCAAACUUGUUCAUGUCAGCUCAACAAAUUGCACGCUGCCUGUACGGACCUUCUUGAGCUUUUCUCCUCGAACCCAUCAAUUUUAGAGACCAUGAGCAGUUCCAGUGGUGAUGACGUGGGUCUUCUAAAACAGAUUCUCGCUCGUUUUGUGAACUCUUCCGCUGGUCCUGUGUGUGCCUUUCAUCCUCGAACUCGAGAGACCUCAACCGUUCAGUCAGAUACCUCUCCAACAACGACCAUAUCUCCUGGUGAGAGCCGUGCUGUUCCCACAGAGUCAGUAGGUGUCCAGGUAGAUCGUUCGGUGGGUAGGGCAGAUUGUGGCACGUGUACGACCCCGCUAGGUACAAUUUCUUCCAUCGAACAAAGCUUAUCUUCCAUUCUACCAACCCAUCAGAUCUUGCCUACGCUGCCCGCCUUGACCGAUGUGAUUCCCACCGCGUUGUCUGACUCGACCUAUCCCCUAGCCAAUCCCCUAGCUCUGUCAUCAGUCAAAGUCCUACAGCGUUUCUUGAAGUUUACCCAUUCCAACUUCGUCCAUAAUGAUACCGUGGUGUUUGUACCCAUCCGUGGAUCUACACACUACACCUCGCCUUCCAAAAGACGCUUUUCUGGCGAACCAGAACCUGGCAGCUCACCUCCUUCUACAGGCGUACUGAAGGCGAUCAACCCCACCUCCUCAAUGUUAUCCUCAACAAUUAUUCAAUCGAUGGACAUCAGCUCGUCGACUACAACUGCCCAUUGUCUCUCACGAACGCGUGAUUUCAUGUAUACAAGUACCACCCCAGCAACAACAACAGGGUCAGGAAAAACAAAAUCCUCAUUGUUCAAAGAACUCUUCUCAAGCACCGUGGGCGAUUUGUUGGCCUCGUCCUUCUAUCCACCCGGGGAGCACCGUGCUGAUGGUCCGGUCCAGGCCAAUCCCUCCAAAUCGUCAAAAGGCGUUAGUUCGGAGGCUGCGGUAACCCAGUGGAGAAUGCUGUCUUCCGACGGCCAUGUGUACUUUUUGCAUCAGGAUGACUUUGCCGCAUUGAACCUGGACCCGCAAACAGACUACUGCAAGCCUUUUGGAAAUCCGGCGAGAACUCAAUCAGUCGGACGUUCGAGACAGCCUGGUUGUCUUGACGUUGCUUAUACCAGUCAGCAUCAGCCUAGGCAACAUGGUGAACAAGAUGCGACGAUGCAGUCCGGCGCGGAACCCAGAAGCUACUUUGUCGUGGCUAGUUACCAGCGUAAGGAACGUUGUCUUUCCAAACGUAAGGAUAACCGGUUCAACUUGCCUAAAAAUUUCGCCUUUUACCGCGUUCGAGCCAAACCACUUCAGAUUCCAGCAGGUUUGGAGCAAACCUUGACGACCUCGUGAUUCAUUCUCUCAUUUAUCUUCUGCGUUUUCUCACAACUGUUCAACCGUCGCAGUCAUGUCGUCUGGGUUUUAACCGAUCUACUCACUCUGUCUGUCUGUACAACAUCAUCUUCCAUGUCAAGAUGACGUCCUCAAUGGUUUUCGAUCUACCAAGUCGCCUUUCAUUGUUCGUUUACAAUCCCCUUCGUCAACCUGUUAACUGUGUUCCGCUCUGUUUCGCUCGCUUCCACAGGCGUUGUUCACAUGCGCCCAGUCUUUCCAGUGUUGUCGUGAGUAUAACUGGAUUCUGUUCACCUCUACUACUCAGAAUGGGCUUUUUUGUUUUCUUCUCCAUCCCUCUUUGGGUGGUUGUGGUGGCUUCUCACUCAUACACGCUGUACUUUGCACCGAACGCAUACUGAUGAACAUUCUUUCUAAUUAUGUCGAAGUGGUCAAACACAGAUACCUUCACGUUGUUUUUUCUACCAUGUAUCCAAAUUUUAAGCAACAAAAAUAUCAUAUCUAAGUGACUAUCUCUUUAUUUCGGCUUCUCUUACACGGUGAUUCCCCCCUCCCACUUCCAACAUGACGCAAUUCCCAGUACUCCGAGUUUGUCUCGGUGAUUAUUUGCCCUUUUUUACUCGGUUCAUUCGCUCCCCUUCGUUAUUAUUACGCGUACUGCACACAUCAGUGGACAUUUCAAGUAAAUUCAAACUAUUUCUGUGUUUCUCUCUGUAUAAAAGAGCUGAACUCCUCACUAUGGUCCCUGAGCCAAAUGUUGCUUUUCCUAUCGUCUGAAUGAACACAUGCAUACAUUUCCAUCCUCGUUACGGAUUAUUGUUGUGACUGCCCACAUCUCCAGAAUGAACAUCCGUGACACCUCACCUCUCUCUUCUCUUGCACAUUAUUCUCAGAUGACUUGUACUGCGUUCACAGCAUGCUAGGUGGUCGAUAAACUAUUUACUGUAGAGCUAGCCUUGACUGCCCGUCAAUUUCCACGGAACCAGCCCUGACUUGAGCG